CCAACAUUAGCCAUUAAUGGAGUGUAAUUGGUCGUUUUUACGUUAACACCAGCAAUAUGAUAAUUCCAAUCUUGAAAAUUCUCAAAAUUAUAUUAUUUAGAUUUUAAAAAAAUAUAUUUACAAGAAAAUUCAAAGGAAAAGAAAUGUACACGUAUCUCUAGGAGAAUUUCAUGGUUAGGUAUUACGACCAUUACAACGGUUCAGGACCUCCCUAUAAACGUAAUAAAAGUCCAAGCCCACAACAAAACAGAAUUAAUUUUGGAUAUUAUUUAUCAAUUUUAUCAUACAAUCCAUAUAAUAUACAAAUCUUAGCUUCUUUUUACACUCACUCUAUUAUAAAACACAUUUUCCUCUUAUGCACGUACACUUCUAUUGUGAUGGCUUACAAAUAGCCAGUUUAUUCUGGGCAUGGAUAUUAUAGACGAUCGUUUCCAACUUACUCAGCGAUUAUUUGUCGUUUUCCUCUUUUUAUUAUUCGUCUGGAUUUGUAGACAAAUUGUAGAAUUUAACCAGGUCAGUCUUUAACAAUGAAACAACGAGUUUCUUACUUUUUCAAUCCUGACGUGGGCAAUUUUCACUAUGGAACUGGUCACCCGAUGAAACCACAUCGACUAGCAGUCAUCCACAAACUUAUUUUAAAUUAUGGUUUGCAUAAGCAUAUGCAGGUUUAUAGACCCUACAUUGCCAGUUCCCAUGAUAUGUGUAGGUUUCAUUCAGAUGAGUAUAUUGACUUUUUACAAAAAGUUACCCCACAAAAUAUCUCGUCAUUUACAAAACAUCUGAGCCACUACAAUGUAGGUGACGACUGUCCAGUGUUCUACGGACUCUUCGACUUUUGCUCAAUGUAUACCGGAGCUUCGCUAGAGGGGGCCAUGAAGCUUAACAACAACGACUGUGAUAUCGCCAUAAAUUGGUCCGGUGGUUUACAUCACGCGAAAAAAUCUGAAGCAUCUGGUUUCUGUUAUGUAAACGACAUAGUUAUUGGCAUUUUAGAAUUACUCAAAUACCAUCCGAGAGUGCUUUACAUUGACAUCGAUGUCCACCAUGGAGAUGGAGUGCAGGAAGCGUUCUACCUUACAGAUCGCGUUAUGACGGUUAGUUUCCAUAAAUAUGGAAAUUAUUUCUUUCCUGGAACUGGCGAUAUGUACGAAAUUGGUGCUGAAAGUGGCAGAUAUUAUUCUGUCAAUGUACCAUUAAGGGAAGGUAUAGAUGACGCGAGUUAUUGGCAAGUGUUUAAACCCGUAAUUUCUUAUGUUAUGGAAUUUUAUCAGCCUACAGCUAUCGUUUUACAAUGCGGCGCAGAUUCUUUGGCGGGAGAUCGAUUAGGAUGUUUUUCCUUAAGUACAAAAGGGCAUGGCGAAUGUGUUAAAUUUGUCAAGAGUUUAAAUGUACCAACACUAGUGGUAGGAGGUGGCGGAUAUACACUUAGGAAUGUUGCAAGAUGUUGGACCUACGAGACCUCUCUGCUGGUAGACGAGCAGAUUUCUAAUGAGCUUCCUUAUACAGAAUAUUUUGAGUUUUUUGCUCCGGACUUUACGUUGCAUCCAGAAGUCGUCACUAGGAGAGAGAAUAUUAAUAGUAAGCAGUAUCUUGAAGCAAUAACAAAGUUUACGUAUGACAACUUAAAAAUGUGUCAGCAUUCACCCAGCGUUCAAAUGUUUGACGCACCAGGACCCGCCAUUCCCGAGGAGGUAAAAGUGAAAGAAGAAGAAGAUCCAGAUGUAAGAAUCAGUCAAGAGUUGGAAGAUAAAAUGGUGGAGCCCAAGAAUGAGUUUUACGACGGGGAUAAAGAUAACGAUAAGGAAGACGUUAAGCCUUAAGUUUGAAAUGUAGGAUUUAGGGCUCAAAUUAAUUUUGACUUUAUUGUAUUAUUAUUAUUAUUAUGAUAAGUUUAAAAAUGCAUUUUUUAUAUUGUGGAUUUAUUAAUUUUUAAUAUAGGUUCUUAUUAAAUUGACAAUUUUCAACUUUACUGAAAUGAAUUAUUGUAAUAUAUUUUUUUUUUUAAUUAUAAUUAAAUAUUGCCUUGCACAAAUUUAUCUUUCAAGUUCUAGGGUUUAGGUUUAAAAUAUAUAGAGUUUAAGAUUUAAUUAAAUUAUAAUUUUAUUGUAUUGUAAACUAAUGUAAGUCUCAAAUAUUAUUUUAUUUUUAUUAUUUUUUACAUUAUGGUAGCAAUUUUUGCGUAAUUUUUAUUAUGAUUGUCAAUUUUGGUGGUAAAUGCAAUUUAUAUUAUUUAUUUGCUUUUUUUAAAGAUUCCUUUAUACAUAAUUUUUACAUUAUUAGAUUACAUUUUACUAACAACUGAAA